GUGCUCUUGUCUGUUCCUCUUCCCACAAAAAAUCCCCAAUUUUCAAUUUCAAAUCCCUACCCAUCUCUAUAUUAUACUUCUAUUCGCAGAAUGAGAUUCUAGAGAGAGAAAGCAUGCAUCCUCUCUCUCUCUCUCUCUCUCUACAUAUAUGUCAGAAUCACUGACGGAAGUGCUUACAAACUCUCACGUAGAGUUCAUGCGGUUGCCGCUUCUGUGAAUUUGUGUUCGCCGCUAAUGAAUCAGGUCAAUAAGAUUGCGGAGGAUCUGUUCCACCACCUGGGCCCACCUUCUUCUCACCAUGAACAUUUCAUGGGCCCACACCCCUCCAUUGAUGACCACACCUUCUCCCUCGCCGAAAUCGACCUCUUCCCCGACGACGAUGACGUACUCAGCCGCACCUCCUCCGACGCCGAUACCCCCCUCCCUCCGUCGCGCGCCGCCGCGGCGCCCUCUCGAAACCCUAAUUUGCCGAUUCCUCCCUUGAUCAACUACGGCAAGAGGCCAAUUGAUCAGCCCUCGAUGCAAAUCAGCCCCCAGCCCCACAUCUCCUCCCAAUUCUACACAUUCAAUAAGGAAUCCCACGCCCUAAUGACUCGAUGCUUGGUUGAAGGCCGACUGGCGACUCCGGACGAAAUUCGCGCCGCCACUCCGCCGCCGGUGUUGGCCAGCUGGCGAUCGGUGUGGAAGGAUCGGAAUGAGGACACCGCGUAUUUGACAGCCUGGAAACGCAUCCAGGAAAAGCUCACAGUCCUUGUAGCAGAAUCGGCUGCCGCCACCACCACCACCACCACCAUCACCGGUAAUAAUAAUAAUAACCACUUCAUUUGUUUCAAGAGCAAUUCCAGUCAAUUCGUCUCGUACGUUGAUCAGUGGCAGGACAUAGUCAUGUCAUUUCACGGUGAUGCUGAUUUCAAACACCUCGGGUUGAAAGAUACAAUUGAGAGAAUUAAGCAGGUAUGGACUGUAGGCACUAAAUUUUACGGCAUUCCCGAAAGCUAUAUCAGGACUUGUGUUGCUGCCUGCCUUGUGUGCUCCGACGUGUCUUCUGGGUGCGCCUCCAGGUCUAAGAGGCGGAGGUUUGAAUAUACGGAGUCUUUUGAUUUGCCCUCCAAGGAAGUGCCUGCUAAGUUGCAACAGUUGGCAACUAAGCAUAAGGUGGUGCUGUGUAUACGCCAGAAGUAUAUUAGGUACAAGCCAUUUAUGGCUGAGGUCAAGGAUUGCGCGUGUCAUAGGGCUGGUGAGCCAGUUUCCUCGAAAAAAUCACGAAUUUUGAAGAGGGAGCCGUACACGUCGAAGAGGUGUGGCUGUGCGUUUCGUAUAAGGGCGAUAGUUCCAAUAUCUAACUAUAACGAGAAAGAUAAGACAUUUGUGUACGAGGAAGAGGGCACAGCCGUUUUCAAGCUGUAUGCAGUGCAUUCUGGGCAUGAGCCAGGGCCGUUGGAUGGCAAUGCAAGGAUUAUGCACCGAGUUUUUGGGCUUAAAGGGAGCUUUGUGAUGGAUCAAGAUUUUCUUUACGGGAUGGCUGAGGAAGACGAAAACGAAGGUUUUGGGUUCUUGGGGAAGGAUUCUGGAGAAUUUAAGCAUUUGGUUCCGCAGCAGCUACAGGAUUUGAGGAACGAGUUGGGUUUGCUCGAGUGUAGGAUUGAGAAAUUCCCGCCACAUUUAUUGGGUUCUGUGUCACGCGAUCUCUUUGAAAUUGUGAAUAAAAUUCGAAAUGCUGCAGACGAAGGCUCGGAAUCUUCUGGCUUGUUGUCGGGGAAGCAGCAUUUGGAUGAUGUCAUGGUGGUAGAGCAUGAUCUACCAGAUUGGGGUGAUGACCACCACAGUAGGAUUUAUGGAGAUGGAAAAGAUGUUGAUGUUAUUGAAGAUGAUGAGGACAGUUUCGGAAGAACGCUCGGGGAAGUUGCUUCUUGGGAUCAGAUGAGAGCUGAGUGCAGGAUGGAAAGGGAUCUUCUUGGUGAGAAUUGUAAAGACGAAAAAUGGUUGAAAUGUAGUGAGUUUGAUGAGAAGGGCAUUCUUGGCUCCAAUAACCCUAAGCUAGUCAAGCCCUUACGGCACGACGAGGUGAUAGAUACAGAUGUUGUAGGCCUUGCUGGUAUACAGGUGGAUGGCUUCUAUACGGAAAACCCUAAGUGGUUCGACUCUCCUUGUGGACUGGACCCUGGACCUGAUUGUGGGGAUAGUGGAUUCCGACACGGGGAGAUCGUGAUCAACUCACCUCGGUGAACCCACUCUAACUUAAUUCUGAGUUUUUUUCCCCCUUUUUUUUGGGUGUCGUCCAUCUUACUGAAUAACUGUUCGAAAGAAAAUGUACAUUUCUGUACACAGCGUGAAGGAGCUUACAAUCAGUUUCAGACCUUUAGCUAUCUUUUGUUUACAUGUACAUUGUAAACGAUAGCCGUUUUUGGCAUCUCUGCAUAUACCUUAUGAGUUAUGUGUAUCAAAUUUAAACUUGGGUUUCUAAUAUGUCGUGAUUUGAGCUCUA